AAGUAUCAUCCUGUGUAGAUGCUGUAUUGUUGGAGAUUGAAGGCAUUCGUUCUAGCAACAAGUCAGGUUCAGGGGUACAUGCUGGAACCUGGUCAGGUGUAGGAUGCAAGGAUGGACAAUCUACCCGCAGAAGGCCAGCUAGUGCUUAUGGUAGUUUAGGGAGUGCAAUGCCAAAGUCUCAUUCAAAUCUGUUUCCUCAAGUCUGCAAUGAGCGCCAUAGCAUCCAUGGAGAAUUACUGUUACCAAGGACAGAAGAGUCUGUUGUGUCCCCAAUUGCUGAAUCAGUGGAUAACCAGGAACUGGAGGAACAAGAGGACAUCUCUGACCACAGCUCAGAUAUCCCAGUAGGUGCCAUAGCAAGAAAACUAAGCUUUGGGUACCUGGAAAGGCAGGAUGGACAAGACUGUCCAAGCACCAGCUCCUUGUCUUCUGGUCAUAGUUCCAAGUCUGAGUCAGAUCUAGAGAGACUAUCCUGUAGUCAUGGAAGAAAGCAGCAACAAGCCGAUGUUGGGGAAGAACAUUGGACUAACACCGGAUUACCACACAUUGCCACUGGGGAAUCUGUAUGGCAUAGGGAAACUGCUUAUCUCCAGGGCAAUAGCCUGGAGGUGCAGGAAGGUCAGAGCCCUCUUUGCUGUGAAGGAGCUGGUAACUGGGAUCACUACAGAGGUGCAGGAGGAUAUGGUACAUCAGGGCAGUGCUCCACAGGAAGCUCAGAACAUCUUUCUGUUCGCUCUGGGAAACAUUAUAACUCACCUGCUAGCAAUUCUAGCAGGGAGGAAUGGCAAUCACGGAGGAGAAGGCCUCAAACACAAUCUGGGAUUCAUGUCCCAAAAGAUACAAGCCUGGAAAACCCCUCUAUAGGAUAUGAUUGUGUUGUAGAUUUUUCCUACCCUCAAAGUUCUGGUUACCAUUCAGUUGAUGUGCAUGAUGGAGAAGCAGGGGAAUUUGACUAUGGUCAAUCAAAUGACCUGAGCUAUACAGUAGACUGUCAAGCUGAGAGUUAUCAGGAAAAUUAUUUAGCCUAUGAAGAGUCUUCAGCAGUGACAUGGGCUGAGGCAUCUUUAUGUACCACUGUAGCUGAUGUGGAUAGGACAUUCAUCCAAGAGAAUGAAGCCAUUAACCAAAGCUUAGAAAACCAACUCCCUCAUCCUGGAAGUGCCGAUGUCCAAGCUGGUGGUUUUACUGUCAAGCGCAUAGGCCGAGCUGUACUUGAUUUUAGCUCUGCCUUGCGGGGGGCAUUGCGCAAACUUGAAGGACCUGGAGCCCAGAAUCCUGGAGAGGAAACAGACUUUGAAAUAGCAAUGCCUUAUGACCUUCCUCCAGCUGAGUUGCCUUCAAAACCUUUAUGUUAUGAGGCACAAUUUGAAUCUGAUAAAACCCCAAAAGGUGAUGUGGUUGACCAUGGUAUUACUGUUGGGGAAUUGAGCAUAAACAGUACUUUAGACAAAUUAGAUACUUUCUCUGUGGAACCUAUGCCUGAAGAAGCCAACAACAGCCUUAUAUUGGAAUCUACAGACAUCUGCCAACAUCCUACCUGUUCGGAAAAGAUUCCCCCUUGCCUAGAAGAACUUUCAAUUUGCCCUGAUCCAAUUUCCAGUAGCACUGCAAUACUGCCUCCACCUGAUGGCCUUACAGAACAACCUGCAGAAGGCCCUGAAAAUGGUCCUACAGAUGGUCCUACAGAUCUAAUGGUUAAAGCCCAGCUUUCGCAAUGCACCACAACAGAAUCCCUCUCUGUCUCCCUCUUGGCUGAUGAACCUAUAGUACCAGGGGAGCAGGGAGAAAAUGAGGUGCCACAGCCAUCCAGCACAGACUUUGUGGCCCCAGUGGAUGAAGCAGAAGGAGAUGAAGCAAAGAAACCCACAGAGAUAAGCCAGAUGGAUGAACGAAGGCUAAAGUGCCUGAGGACCUUUCAGCAGAUUCUGCGGGAGAAAAGGGAAACCAGGCGCAACCUCGCCAGUAUGACCAUGUCGACCUUCUCUCAGGAUGAUUUUGAACCAGAUGGAAGUCAAGAUGGAGAUCAGAGCCGAGAUCAAGAUGGAGACCCCAGCAAGCACCCAUGGGCCAAGCCAGGAGGAAACACACCGUUUGGCAUUGACAGCAUGCCAGACCUCCGCAAGAGGAGGCCGAUUCCACUUGUUAGUGAACUGGCUAUGUCUAUGAUACAGUCCAGGAAAGCUGGACUCGCCCACACAUUGGCCACACGGACCUCUCUGAAAGAUGAAGAGCUUAAAAACCAUGUGUACAAGAAGACUCUGCAGGCUCUGAUCUACCCCAUCUCCUGCACCACGCCACACAAUUUUGAGGUGUGGACUGCCACCACGCCCACCUACUGCUACGAGUGCGAGGGUCUGCUGUGGGGCAUCGCCCGCCAGGGUAUGCGCUGUGCGGAGUGCGGGGUCAAAGUGCACGAGAAAUGCCAAGAGCUGCUGAAUGCUGACUGCCUGCAGAGAGCAGCUGAGAAGAGCUCCAAGACUGGGGCAGAGGACCGGACACAGCACAUUAUCAUGGCAAUGAAGGACAGGAUGAAGAUCCGGGAGAGGAACAAGCCAGAGAUCUUUGAGGAGAUCCGAAAACUGUUUGACAUCACCAAGAUGAUCCAUGCCCAACACAUGAAGAGCAUUAAGCAGAGCGUCCUGGAUGGCACAUCCAAGUGGUCAGCCAAGAUCACCAUCAACAUUGUUAGUGCACAGGGUCUCCAAGCCAAGGACAGGACGGGCUCAAGUGACCCAUACGUCACAAUCCAAGUCGGGAAGACGAAGAAGAGAACAAAGACCAUCUAUGGCAACCUGAACCCAGUCUGGGAGGAAAAAUUCAGCUUCGAGUGCCACAACUCAUCAGAUCGUAUCAAGCUGCGGGUUUGGGAUGAAGACGAUGACAUCAAGUCACGAGUGAAGCAGCGUCUGAAGAGGGAAUCUGACGACUUCUUGGGUCAGAGCAUCAUCGAGGUCCGAACACUGAGUGGAGAGAUGGACGUCUGGUACAACCUGGAAAAGAGAACAGACAAGUCAGCGGUGUCUGGUGCCAUUCGUCUCCAGAUCAGUGUGGAGAUUGAGGGAGAGGAGAAGGUGGCACCCUACCACAUUCAGUACACAUGCCUUCAUGAGAACAUCUUCCACUUCUUGACUAAUGUGGAGGGAGGUGGUGUAGUGAAGAUCCCAGUGGCUCAGGGAGACGAUGCAUGGAAGGUUUACUUUGAUGAGGUGCAGCAGGACAUUGUGGACGAGUUCGCCAUGCGCUAUGGCAUUGAGUCCAUAUACCAGGCCAUGACUCAUUUCUCUUGCCUGUCCUCUAAGUACAUGCUGUCAGGGGUGCCAGCAGUGAUGAGCACCCUGCUGGCCAACAUCAAUGCCUUCUACGCCCACCCCACCGCCUCCACCAAUGUCUCUGCUCCAGCCAGAUUUGCAGCCUCCAACUUCGGGAGAGAUCGUUUUGUGAAGCUCCUGGAUCACUGCACAACUCCUGCGGUUCACAACACACACGACAGCCAGAGUGAUGACGAUGAAGAGGAAGAUGACGAGGAGGAAGAGGAAGAGGAGAAGAAAGAGGAGAGCCAGCAAGAAGAGCCAGGCCCGAGCAUUCAGAAUCUAGACUUUUGGCCUAAACUUAUCACGCUUAUCGUCUCCAUCAUUGAGGAGGACAAGAACUCCUACACACCCAUCAUUAACCAGUUUCCUCAGGAACUCAAUGUGGGUAAAGUCAGUGCUGAGGUCAUGUGGAUGCUGUUCGCUCAAGACAUGAAAUAUGCCCUGGAGGAACAUGAGAAGCAUAAACUCUGUAAGACUGCUGACUACAUGAACCUGCACUUCAAGGUCAAGUGGCUUUACAACGAGUAUGUGAAGGAUCUCCCCGCCUUCACAGACGCUGUGCCUGAGUACCCUGCGUGGUUUCUCCAGUUUGUCCUGGCCUGGCUGGCUGAGAAUGAAGAGGUGUCGAUGGAGUUCAUGCAUGGGGCGCUGGAGAGAGACAAGAGAGAAGGGUUCCAGCAAACAUCUGAGCACGCUCUGUUCUCCAGCUCAGUGGUGGACAUCUUCACUCAGCUUAACCAGAGCUUUGAGAUCAUCAAGAAGCUUGACUGCCCCGACCCCACCGUGGUAGGCCAGUAUAACCGACGCUUUGCAAAGACGAUCACCAAAGUGCUGCUGCAGUACUGUGCCCUGCUGGCCAAGAGCUUUCCCGCCUACUGUGAGAAGGAGAAGAUACCUUGUGUGCUGAUGAACAACAUUCAGCAGAUGAGGGUCCUGUUGGAGAAGAUGUUUGAAUCCAUGGGAGCAAAACAGCUCGACACAGAGGCAGCUGACAUCCUCAAUGAGCUGCAGGUGAAGCUCAACACUGUGCUGGACAACUUCAGCACCAUAUUUGCCAAGAGUUUCCAGGCUCGUAUUAACGGCUGCAUGCGUCAGAUGGCUGAGAUCCUCUACCAGAUCAAAGGACCACCCAGCCACAACACUGCAGAGGCGGAUGCUGACACCAUGCUGAGGCCCCUCAUGGAGUUCCUGGAUGGAAAUCUCAGUAUCUUUGCUGACAUCUGUGAGAAGACAGUGCUGAAGAGGAUCCUGAAGGAUCUGUGGAAGAUCGUCCUGAGCAGCCUGGAGAAGACCAUCGUCCUGCCUCAGAGCAAUGACAGCCUGGGUGCCCAGCUCCUCACAGCAGCAAAAGGACUGUCAAAUCUCAAGGGAGGUGGUGAAGCCAAAACCUUGACACCAAAGCAGUGUAUAAUUAUCGAUGCAGGGCUGGAGACGAUCAAGCAAUACUUCCAUGCAGGAGGAAACGGACUGAAGAAGGCGUUUGUUGAGAAAAGUCCCGAACUGGCUUCACUGCGCUACGCCCUCUCCCUCUACUCCCAGAGCACCGAUGCUCUCAUCAAGACCUUUAUCACCACACAGCAUUCCCAAGUGCAUGAUGGGAUGGGCAUCAGAAUCACUGGCAAUGAGAAGAUUCGACCUGACAGAGGCUCUGGGAUAGAGAAGCCCAUCGGAGAGGCCGUUCUGCAGAUCGACAUGAUGCUCGGGAAGGAACGCAAAGUCAAUGUCAGAGUCAUCGCAGCAAAUGACAUGAAGUGGCAGACAUCAGGGAUGUUCCGGCCUUUCGUUGAGGUCUCCAUGGUUGGUCCCUUCCUGAAUGACAAGAAGCGCAAGUUCACAACAAAAUCCAAGAACAACAGCUGGUCGGCAAAGUUCAACGAGGCUUUCCAGUUUGUUCUUGGUAAGGAGUCCCCAGACUGCUAUGAGCUCCAGGUGACUGUGAAGGACUACUGUUUCGGCCGGGCAGACCGGGUGGUCGGCAUAGCCGUGGUUCAGCUGCGUGAUGUCGCUGAUCGCAAGACCUGCGUGUGCUGGUGUCCACUUGGGCCACGGAUUAAAACCGAUGAGACAGGCAUGACAGUGAUGCGUAUUCUGUCCCAGCGGCCUGCUGACGAGGUGGCCAAAGAGUUUGUCAAGCUGAAAUCUGAAACUCGUCCUGUGGAGGAGGGCAGAUGAGCAGCAGAAACACUGACUCAAGAUUAGACAUUGUUGGUAAUGUUGAUGAGAAACUGACACAGAUCAUGAUCAGAUUUUAGAGUCAGGGCUACGUGUUGUUCACAGCUUUGUCUGGUGCACUGUCAAUAUUCAACAUGGAGAUCUUAAAAGUAGACACAAGCAAGUUGACUAUUUGUCACAGAUAUGCUAAGAAAGACGGAUUUCAUUCAACAGGUACAUUCUGGAAAAUGCUGAAAAAGAAGAACACAUAAUUAUCAGCACCAGUUUAAUAGCUAUGAAGUGACAUAUAUGAGUUUAAAUCACCAACUCGGUGUCAAAACUAGUGAUAGUAAACCUUUUGAUCUUGGGUGCUGACCUCACAAUGCUAAUCCACAGCUUUAAACAUCCUUUCAAUGGAUAAUGGAUUUGUGGCUCUGUCUACCUGACAAUAUGAAAAGAUCUGAACAAGGCUGGACCUGAACAGGAAAUUCUGACUGCUAAUAAAUGACAUGACAAUGACAAUUAAUGAAAAGUAACAGUGAGAUAAGAUGAACUGUUUAAAAAAAACUUGAUUUGGGGAAUUUAGUAGCCAACAAUAAUUCUCCAACUUGACCAAAAGAACAAAAAAAAAAAAAGUUGUUUAUGGCUCUUUUUAAAAGGAUCAUGUGUUAUUUGUUUUUUGUUUUGUUUUUUAUUUUAACAUGGCAACAGAAUUAAGUACAACACAUAUCAGCCACGUCAUGUGUCACAUUCACACUAUUUGACACCAUCAGAUGUAUCACACAUUUAAGAAGAAAUAGCCAGGAUACAUUAGCAGAAAAUUAAAGGUCCAGUGUGUAAGAUGUAGGGGGCUCUAUUUACAUACUAUAGCAGAAAUGGAAUAAAAUGCAGAAGUAUAUUUUCAUUACUGCAUAAUUACCUGAAAAAAAUGUUUCUACAAACUGGUAUAUAUAAUGUUAUCAAAAGAGUUGAUGCAUGCCUAUGCUGGAAAAUACUGUAGGACAGUGACAUGAUUCUAAUGCGUCAAAUGGAAAGUGUGUCACGAUGCUGCUAAUGUGUGUUGCCUUUUAAUGAUGAACUUCCUAACUGAAUAUAUGAAACCUUGAAAAGAAAGAAGAAGAUGACACGCCUUAAAAAAAAAGAUAGCUAUCUACAGAGUUGGCUCACAGUUCUAUAUGGGAUACAGAGAAAACAUUGACUUGUAUAGUGAAAGGAUUUUUGUUUCAGAGGCAAAGAAUUAUGGGUGUAGUAGUUUAAAAUAUCUGACUGACCUCUGGACUGUGGCCUGUCAAACAAAGCGCUGCUUCUCUGCACUGAGAAGAAAUACAGUGUCAGAGGUUUUUAAUUUAGCUCUUCUGUUUUUGCCAAGUGUCAAACUGUGACUGUGACCACUGUUUACCUGUCAACCUGCUCUGAAUAAAAACAACCAAAAGCUGACCAAAAGCCUGUUUUCAGGGGUUAAAUAGUGUGAACACCUUUUUAGAGGACCAGAAAUGGACCUAGAUUUUCUUUUUGUCUAGUUUUAAAAUUGGAUGAGAACAAAGAUUAUUCUAACACCACAGCCUUGUCAUGCAUGCACAGUUAAUGGACCAAUCAUAUGUCUCUAAUUACCUGAUUGGUGUUUUGCAUUAGGGGCACUGCAAACUUGGGCUUGAAUGAAAAAGAAAACAUGCAAGCAGGUUGUUUAACUACCUGGUGUGACUGGGUUUGAUCCACACUCUCGUCUGUUUACUACGUGCCAAGGAACGCAAGUGUUCAGUGAGCCAUGUUGAACUAGCUCUCUUUACGUAUUUUGGGUUGUUUGCGGACAGAUGUGGCCAUUGUAGAUGUCCCACUUUUACCAAAAUUAGCUGCAUUUUGGCUCCAAACUCAAGUGGAUGUGAUCGAUAGAGUUUAGACGAGAUAGUCUGGAAAGUUGUAUAGUCUUUCUAAAGACUCUGCUGUAUUAAACUGAGCAAACAUUUGUCUGCAGCAGGGUAUAAGGACAUAAAUGGGGGAUCUCUUACAAUGACCGUAGCUGUUGUGACAACUGAACUCUUGCACUCUGUUUAAAAUAACUGUAAGUUUGUAAAAACAUAAAAAAUAAUAAUGAAAGCCUACAACCAGAGCAUGUAUUUAUUGUAUACAAAGUCAACUAGAAUUGUGAUCUUUUUCAUGUAUGUAUUGUGAAAUAUGAAGAUUUAUCAAAUGUAUGUAGUUAUCAUUAUUCUAAUGUGAUAUAUGUUGAAUAUACUUGUAACAAUAUUUUGUAUAUAAAAUAUUUAUGAAUCAAG